CGUUUCUCUUCCCGCGGAACUAAAGGGAGGAAUCCAGGAUGGCAUAUGUCGCCAGCACUGAGGCCCCACUGUGCUCCGAGCAGUUCGGCUCCGGGACGGCCCGGCGCUGCCGCGCCGCCGCCGACGGGAGCCUGCAGUGGGACGCCUGGGGGCGGCGCUGGUGGGCGUUCUCCGGGGCCUUCACAGCGAAACCCGGAGGACGAGAUGGGGGCGAAAGGGUGGCUCCCGGCACGGCCGUCCCACCUCUUUCACGGCUCCUGGCUGUCUUCCUGCCUCAGGGCUUCCCCGAUAGCGUCAGCCCGGACUAUCUGCCCUACCAGCUGUGGGAUUCCGUGCAGGCCUUUGCUUCCAGCCUCUCGGGUUCCCUGGCCACCCACGCAGUCUUGCUGGGCAUAGGGGUAGGGAACGCAAAAGCCUCUGUUUCAGCUGCCACGGCCACCUGGCUCGUGAAAGAUUCAACUGGCAUGCUGGGCCGCAUCAUCUUUGCCUGGUGGAUGGGGAGCAAAAUGGACUGUAAUGCCAAGCAGUGGAGGCUUUUUGCCGACAUCCUCAAUGAUGUAGCCAUGUUACUCGAGAUUAUGGCUCCCAUAUUCCCCAUCUGUUUCACCAUGACCAUCUGCAUCAGCAACCUGGCCAAGUGCAUUGUGGGCGUGGCUGGUGGGGCCACUCGGGCCGCACUGACCAUGCAUCAGGCCCGGAGAAACAACAUGGCCGACGUGUCAGCCAAGGACGGCAGCCAGGAGACGCUGGUAAGCCUGGCAGGGCUCCUGGUCAGCCUCUUGAUGCUUCCCCUGGUGUCAGAUUGCCCUAGCUUAAGCCUUGGAUGCUUCUUCUUCCUCACUGCCCUCCACAUCUAUGCCAACUACCGGGCAGUCCGGGCCCUUGUCAUAGAGACCUUGAACGAACGCCGGCUCUGGUUGGUUCUGAAGCACUUCCUUCAGCGGGGAGAGGUACUUGGCCCUGCUUCAGCCAAUCAGAUGGAGCCGCUGUGGACAGGUUUCUGGCCAUCUCUGUCUCUAUCCCUGGGGGUCCCCCUACACCGUGUGACUUCCAGUGUCUUUGAGCUGCAAAAGCUGGUUGAGGGGCACCAAGAACCCUACCUCCUUCGCUGGGACCAGUCACAGAACCAGGUACAGGUUGUCCUGAGCCAGAUGGCAGGCCCUGAGACCAUUCUAAGGGCUGCCACUCACGGACUGGUGCUUGGAGCCCUGCAGGGAGAUGGACCCCUCCCAGGAGAGCUGGAGGAACUGAGGAACCGAGUACGGGCUGGUCCUGAGAAAGAGAGCUGCGUCAUCGUCAGGGAGACCCACCAAGUGUUGGACAAGCUAUUUCCAGAGUUCUUGAAAGGACUGCAGGAUGCGGGCUGGACGACUGAGAAGCACCAGCUAGAGGUGGAUGAGUGGAGGGCCACGUGGCUCCUGUGUCCAGAAAAGAAGCUCUUGUGAGCAGCCCGGCCAGAGGCCCAGGUCCCAGGACAGGAGCCU